GCUGAUUUGCACCUCAUAGGCUGGGAAAAAAAACCCUGCGCAACUGCACAGGUCUGGUUGCCCGAUCACGGCGUCAACUCAAGCCUUCACUGUUCACUCUGACAUCUCGACUCUAAACCUUCGCCCGCCGUCGCCGCAGCCUUCGCCCUCCCCUCCAUCCCCGCAUCCGAAUCACGCACGCGACCCUUGACAUGGCCACUUACAGCGACGGCGGCGGCGACCAGCGGCGCCUUCUCACCAUCCCCAAGGAAGGCGAGCGCAUCAUCGCGCCCACGCGCCGUCCCGACGGCACGCUCCGCAAGGCCAUCCGCAUCCGCGCCGGCUAUGUGCCCCAGGAGGAGGUCGCCAUCUACCAGUCCAAGGGCGCCCUAAUGAGGAAGUCAGGACCCGACGUGCCGCCGGGGUACGAUCCGGCGCAAGUGGCCGAUGCCAAACCCAAGACGAAGGCGGCCAAGAGGAACGAGCGACGGAAAGAGAAACGGCAGCAGGCCAGUUCGACAAAUAAUAAAGGAAAGAGUAUGGACAUAGAGGGAACUGAUGCUGGAGAAACUGACAAGGCUCUUUCUUCCAAAACGGUUAAGCAGAAGGAUUCGGUGGAAAGUGUAAUAAAGCAGAUAAGUGGCAUUGCUAUUUCCGAGUCACAUGCAACGCCGUCCACAAAUACUACAAACAAUUCACAACCGGAAUCAUCUGCUCCAGACAUAGAUAAGAAAAUUCGAGCAUUGAAAAAGAAGGUUUACCCUUGCCCUCUCUUGUGUCUGCACAUUUUCUAUGAACAAAAAGAUGAAUAUACGCUUAGCUGAAGCACAAGUACAAGGUGACCCUGAAAAAUUGAGACUUGAGGCACUGGAAAAGAUGAAAAAGAUUGAUGGAUGGCUUAAGGAGCUGAAGCUUUUGGAGGACAAGAGAGCGCCUGCUGCUUAGACAAAAUCAACUUCGGUUCUGAUGUAGAGCCACCACGACCACACCAUGGUGCCGAUCCAGAUUCGAAGGUGCAACUGAAUCACCAUAGGCUUCUCCGUCACCCGUGGUGGUUAUUGGAAGAGCAGUCCAGUAGAUGUGGGUUUGCGCAGAACGAUGGAAGUUUUUCACCGCACAUUUCUGGCGCCAAGUUUCAAGAUCUGUACCGCAAGAAAGACCGCUGCUAAUUAUGGGGAUCUCUGACACUGGGUCAGAAUUUACUUUUGCUCUCACGGCCCGAAUUCAUCUCCGGCUUUACCACCAUUGUUCAAUUAGCUGUUAUAUCACGGUUGAAACUGACUGGAAGUGCCGGAAUUCUUAUGUCUCUGGCUCCCUGCCUCUCUUCAUCACAUGUACUACCUCCGUUCUUAAUAAUAUUUAUCGCUGGCUAGUUCAUUUUUAAACUAAAA